CACACUUCUAAACAAUUGAGUGAAUGUGUUGUCUGUCGUGAAGAUUGUGUUUGUGAUGAGAUUGACGUGAUUUGAAGACUUGAUUAUAAGACAAACCAAACCAUAGAUUGUGUGGUGUUUUCGUGGCAUGUAUUCACUGUAAUCUGAGAUAUGGUUUGCGAUAAGUGUCAGAAAAAAUUGGGUAAAGUGAUAACUCCGGACACCUGGAAGUCUGGCGCGAGAAACACAACGGAGAGCGGCGGCCGAGCUAUCAAUGAGAAUAAGGCGUUGACGGCGAAGAAGAGUCGCUUCACUCCCUAUCAGAAGAUGGAGACCUGCAAGAUAUGCAGACAGAAAGUCCAUCAAAUCGGCUCUCAUUACUGUCAAUGUAAGCCAUAGAUAUCAUAUAUACACCCCUUUCCCUUACCUUUCCACUCACAGUCCUCGUGCGCCUAUAGGAAAGGCAUUUGUGCCAUGUGUGGCACCAAAAUAGUGGACACCAAGAACUACGCCCAGAGCUCUGUCUAACACCACAACACCAUUGCCGCAGAUAUUUGUGUUCAUCGCCAGAAGAUUUGUUAAUUUAUUGUCUCAUUUGACC